AUGAAAUUAAAGAAUUUCGAUUAUAAAUUAAAUGAAAAAUCUGAUAUUUACAGCCUUGGCGGCGAUCGUGAAAAACCAAUCGUUGGAACACCAUCAUCUUUCGUUCGACUUUACUCGAAAUGCUGGGAUGCCGACCCUUCUCUUCGUCCAAAUGCAGAUGAAACUCUUAGGCAAUUACAAUCAUUAUCUCUCGAGUCAGUCUAUGAUGGAUCGAAUUUAGCCAAUAAUAAUUCGAACAGAGUUG